GGUGUUGGGGAGCCCUGAGCCGGAGAACAGUUGAAUAUUGGGUUAAUGUGAGGAUACACGUUACAAUUUACGCCCCCUUGACGCAAACCCUAGAAAGUGACUCUGAAGAUACAUGUCUUAAAUAAUUUAAAAAUAAGAUGUUGAUUAGAGAUCUGAUAUGUUUACUUUGUCUAAUUAUCUAUCAAGUAGAUGGUACCUUUCAUCCUGUAAUCAUGAUUCCAGGAGACGGGGGUAGUCAGGUGGUGGAUUGCUGGGUGGAUAAUAUGAGGUUAAAGUAUGAUCCUAUUACAAGGAAAUCCUCUAACAAUGACGGGGUAGAAAUCAGAAUUCCGAAUUUUGGAAACACAAGCUCUGUGGAGCACCUGGACCCUAGUAUGCAAUAUUUUACUGGAUAUUUUGCAAAUAUUGCAGACCACCUGGUCCAGGCAGGAUAUACCAGGGGGGUCAACCUACACGGAGCACCAUACGAUUUCAGAAAAGCUGCGAACGAACUCGAAGAUUUUUUCGUGAAAGUGAAAGAUUUGAUCGAAGGAACUUACAAGGCCAACAAUAAUCUGAGUGUUAUCCUGUUAACUCACAGUAUGGGGUCUCCUAUGAUGCUUUAUUUUCUUCUUCAACAGAGUCAAGGUUGGAAGGAUAAAUAUAUAAGAAGUAUGGUUACACUAGCUGGACCAUGGGGUGGAACUGUUAGAGCCCUGAAAGUUUUCGCAGUUGGAGACAACCUUGGAGCCUGGCUUCUCAACGAAAAGAAAUUGAUGUGGGAGCAAAGAACUAGUCCUAGUCUAGCCUGGUUAAUGCCACAAAUCGGGUUCUGGGACACUACCGAGGUCCUGGUUGAGACUGCGGAGAAGAACUAUACGAUGAAUGAUUACCAGGAGUUCUUCACAGACUUGAAGGAACCUAACGCUUGGUUUAUGAGAUUAGAUACUAAAGAUUUAAUUGCUGGAUUACCUGCACCUAAUGUCGAGGUUUUCUGUCUGCAUGGGAGUGGAGUUGAUACAACGGAGAAAUUGAUUUAUAAAAAAGGAGAAUUCCCCGGAUCUGAUCCUUCCACAAUUCUCAAGGGGAAUGGAGAUGGAACAGUGAAUUACCGUAGCUUGAUUGGGUGCACCCGAUGGGCUGAUCAGCAGAAGCAGCGGGUAACUCAUCACGAGUUCCCUGGGGUUGAUCAUCUCCAGAUUCUACGAGAAGAGGAACCUGCGGCCUUUAUUAGCAACCUUAUCACCAGCAUUAACAGAAGGACCAAGAUGAAGCUAUGGAACUACAUCAGGAGAGGGUACCAGACCCUUAGCAUGUGGGGGAGGGAGCAUUUCAACAGUCAGGAGAGUUCUGCUGUUCAGAACCAGAAAUAUCAGCGAAAUCAAGAAAGCCAUGAAAGGCAUGAAAGUAUGGAAAAUUAUGGCAACACUGACAAUCAAGAUAGUUUUGAGAACAAAGAGAACCAUGAAAUCAAAAACAACCUAGAGAACAAUAAGAACCAAGAUAACCACAAGAAUUUAGAGGUUGAAAAGAACCAUAGCAGAUAUUUCAUAGAGAGCAAAGAUAACCAGGAGAGCAAAGGCAGUCUAGAAGACGAUGAGACCUACGAGAUAUUUCCAAAAAUAGAAGUAAUAUCCAAAAACUAAAGUUAUUAUAUGAAAAUGGAUAUCUUUACAUAUUUAGUAAAGUUUAAAAGUAAAUUUAGUAAACUCCAAAUUGGUUAAGUGGAAUAAGAUUUAAAGGAAAACCAAAAAAUAAAAUAUGAAUGCUGAGUAUAGAUAAUUGACGCUAUUUUAGUGAGGGUAUUUUUAACUUAGUUGAUACUACGUUAGUUCAUGAGAUAUGGAAAAUUAUCUCAGAUGGAUAUUUAAGAAAGGAUUAAUAUAUAUUUAACCUUUAUAUAUUGGCAACUAUUAUAAAAAUAAAAUAUUUAAAGACACAUAAAA